ACGUGUCGUUUUGGUACGUCCGUUCUGUUAUAUGGAAGAGGAUCUCAAAGAAGCCGAACUGAGAGAGAGUCGAAAAUGUCGAACUCAUUCACUGACCUCCAUCACCUUCUCAUUCAGUUAUCGGAGCCAAUAGCGGAAUCUCUCGCCAAAACCAACUACGCUCCACCAGAGGGUUCCCAAAUCUCCGUCAAAGCCCUAAUCGAGCCUCUUCUCCCACACAAAGCCUCACCGCCAAACCCUAACGUCGACGCUUCCAUCAAAGAUUUCGCCCUAGCUUGCGCGUUGCUAUCCUCCUCUCACUCCUCGACUCACGACCUUUUCUCAUGGAUUCCCGAAAACCUCUCUACCUCAGCGAACUCGGCCUUUCGCGAGCUCUCCAAAGCUUAUUGCGUCGCUUUCGGAGAGCGAAACGCGAAGAGGAUUGGAGAGUUGGGAUUGGAUUGUGGUUCGGUGCCCGAAGAGAAGAGGUUGGUGGUGGAAUUGAUGCCUGAGGUGAUGCCAUUGUUGAAGGAGAGGAUUAAGGAGAGCUCGAUCGAUAAGUCUGACGAAGCUGGCGACGAGGUCUCAGCUGCUUCUGCUAGAGUUCCAGUUGGGUUUGCCAUUGUGGCUGCUUAUCAGUUUAGGUGGUUUGCCACUCAGGUUGAUUAUCCUCAUUUGGGAAAAUUGUGCGCUUUGGUGAUUCCUUGUGCGUUGAAUGCUCUUGAUCAUUGGUCGCCGGAUGUGAAAGGGCAGGGCAUGAUUAGCUUUAUACAUCUUGCAAAAAAUGUCAAUGCUGUUGAGCUUGGUUCGUAUGGAGAUGUGAUUCUUGAUGCGUGCUGCCAGAAUAUUGCUUCUAGUGAUGAGAUAUGGCACCAUGUAGUUGAGAUGUCAACACUUCUUGUGACUUGUAUCCAGAGCGGCAAUCCCCGUAGCCCAUGGUUUGAAAGGAUGUUAAAUGAGAUGUUAAGUCACUUGGAGCGGCAACCAAGGGACAAGGAGCGCUGUGUUGCAUGGCUCAAAUAUAUCGAGCCACUUUUGAGUGCUGUUGGUCUUGUGUUAUUAGCACAUUUUAGGCGUAUAUUUCCCCUUAUUCUUAAGUGGAUGCAUGCUGAUGAUGAUGAGACUGUUCUACUGGUUCUGGAACGGAUCCAGACUAUUUUAAAGUUAACGUGGAUAAGGAACACACCAUAUGUUGGAAGGUUGGUUGACGAACUCACGAUUUUGUAUAAAGAGGCUGCAAUGAAAAGGGCUCGUGAAGAAGUUAGAAUGCAUAUUCUUCAGAUACUGAUCUUACUCCAGCAAUGCAAAGGUAUGCAAUUCGAAGCAGCCUGGGGCAAGCACAAGGACGAUCCAAACUUGGCAAAUCUUGAGUCAUCUUUAAGUGGAAGAGGCGCAGCAACGGUAAAAACCAUGCUCUUUAUUACUGCACAUUUGUGACAAUUGCAGUGCAGUUGUCAUCACAGGGUUCAAAGCCAUUGAGAACUUACUGAGCUUGCCAUUCCAUUUCGUGAGUUACUUGAUCCAAAUGUCUGGCUGUCAGUGAUAUUUGGAAAACAAGCUAUUCAAGUUGCACCUAUGCAGCUUUGUGUGUAUGUGUGUGAGUGGGUGGGGAUGUAGUCUUUGAGUUCCAUUUCCUUCCAAUCUUUCUAAUAAUUUUUUCUCAUGCUGCCCCUAUGUCCAAUUUUAAUACCUUAGCUACUAUUUUCUGUCUAAUUAAUCUGUGAAAAUGUG